AGUCAUGUGGUCAAACUGACCAAUCACGCAGCAGGUGACAGAGACCGAGUCAUGUGACCAGUGAGAGGAGCAAGAUGGCGGUGUGUGUAUCUGUCAUAGCUAAGGAGAAUUAUCCCCUAUACAUUCACAGCAUCCCCUCUGAGAACCAGCUGAAGUUUCACUACACCGUCCACACCUCCCUGGAUGUCGUGGAUGAGAAGAUCUCUGCUAUGGGGAAGGCUCUUGUGGACCAAAGGGAACUUUACCUGGGACUGUUGUACCCCACAGAGGACUACAAAGUAUAUGGAUACGUCACAAACUCCAAAGUCAAGUUCGUAAUGGUGGUGGAUUCCUCAAACACGGCUCUCCGGGAUAAUGAGAUCCGCAGUAUGUUCCGCAAGCUACAUAAUUCAUAUACAGAUGUGAUGUGUAACCCUUUCUAUAACCCUGGAGACCCGAUUCAAUCACGGGCCUUUGAUAAGACGGUCACCUCUAUGAUGGUAUCAGCUUGAUGAGAUGACGUCAGUGUUUGUAUAGUGGAGUAAACUUGUAUAUAAACCAUGAAUGCCAAUAAACGUGAGAGGAAUCAA